AUGCCCCCACACCUCCAGCAGCCCUCGUGCUUUGGCACCGAUACAAGGAUGAAGUCUUCCGAAUCCGUCGCAGUCACACUCGAUACAGUCACAGUCGAGUCAGACCGCUACCGUCCCCUUCCAAGCGGCGAGCCGCAAAUGCGAAAAGUCACCGAGUCGCGAGGAAAUUCGCGGUUCGGGUCUGUCGUGUACAAGACGCAAGAGGGUCUCGAAGCUCCCUUGCUGGGCGAUACAGCGGCCGCGGGAAGAGGCGACUCUCACUCAGACCCUUUCUAUGAGAAGGAUGUUGAACGCGCCGCGGGCGGGGCUGGCGGCGUGGGAGAAACGGAGCGCGCGAAGGGAAUACGAGGCGAGGAGGAGUAUCGGCGGAUCGAACAUAGGGGAAACAGCGGGUUUAUUGACAGCGUAUUUAACGGCAUCAAUGUUCUCGCAGGUGAGUGGCUUGUUGCAAAUCUGCAUCGGCAUUCUCUCAACGCCAUACGCCACGGCGCAAGCGGGCUGGCUGGGCAUCGGCAUUUUCUCAACGCUAUGCGCCACGGCGCAAGCGGGCUAGCUGGGUCUGCUCGUUCUUCUCUUGUCUCAACAUCCGCUCCCCCCCACCGACCCCUUCCCCACGGCCUUCCCUCCCCCACAGGCAUCGGCAUUCUCUCGACGCCAUACGCCACGGCGCAAGCGGGCUGGCUGGGUCUCCUCGUGCUGCUCUUCUUCGCCGCCGCCUGCUGCUAUACCGCCAUGCUGAUUCGCUUCCCGUCCCCCUCCCCCUUCCGUUCCCACAGGCAUUGGCAUUCUCUCAACGCCAUACGCGACGGCGCAAGCAGGCUGGCUGGGUUUGCUCGCAUUGGCAUUCUCUCAACGCCAUACGCGACGGCGCAAGCAGGCUGGCUGGGUUUGCUCGUGCUGCUCUUCUUCGCCGCCGCCUGCUGCUAUACCGCCAUUCUGCUGCGCCGAUGCAUGGACUUCCAACCAUCAUCAUCACCGUCCGUUUCGUCGCUUCACUCCUUCGCGGAUGGCCCCGCGGACUCUGCCCGCGCUCGCGCCUCCCCCCGCGCGUCCGCGCGCAUCGUGCGCGCGCAGCGCCCCAUCCGCUCGUACCCAGACAUCGGGGAGGCGGCGUUCGGGCGCGCGGGGAGAUGGCUGACCGCGUUUCUUCUCUAUUUCGAAUUGUACGCUGUGACUGUAGAGCUGUUGAUUCUAGAGGGGGACAAUCUCGCGCACUUGUUCCCGUCCGGCGAUAUAUGUGUGCUUCCGGGGAGCCUGGUUGGAAAGGAGAGCACUGGAGUGGAGGAAAGCGGUGGAGUGUGGUUUCUAGAAGGAAUAGCACGAGGAGGAGGAGUGCGAGGGGAAGGAGGAGAAGGGCAAGGGGAAGGGAUGUUCGGAGCUGCAGCAGCAUUGGCAUCAGCGGUUGUAAGGGGGAUAGAACCAGCGUUAGAAACAGUAGCGUUAUCUACAGGAGUAGGCAGCUUAUGCCUAGAACCGAAGCAGUUCUACGUGAUCCUAUCCGCGUUAUUAGUCCUCCCCACCGUCUGGCUAAGAGACCUCAGUCUCUUGGCAUAUAUCUCAGCAGGAGGUGUACUGGCAUCCCUGCUGUUAGUCUUCGGCGUGGGAUGGCUUAAAGAGGUUGACCAUAUCGGGGAUAUCCCAGGCGGAAUCAGCAGCACCACGGAAUGGUUCAAACCCAUGGGGUUACCAGCAGCAGCCGGUUUAUUCGGAUUCUGUUUCUCCGGGCACGCGGUCGUGCCGAAUAUUUACCGAUCGAUGAAAAAACCGGACCAUUUCACGCCGGUAAUGCUCGUGAGUUUCGCGGCAUGCACUCUACUUUAUGGCGGGAUGGCUCUUAUGGGGUACGCCAUGUUCGGUGCGUCGGUGCAGUCUCAGAUCACGCUUAACUUGCCGCCGGCACUUAGUGCUUCCAAGGCGGUGGUUUGGACUACAGUGGUGAAUCCUUUUACUAAGUUUGCGCUCACUCUGCUGCCGAUUGCGCUGGCUUUGGAGGAGACUCUCCCCACCGCCCACCCUCACUCACUCCCUCAGUCUGACUCACAUUCUCACUCGCACUCGCGUUCUCACUCACACUCGCAUUCUCACUCUACCCGAGAGGGGGGUGUGUCUUGUGAAGGUGAUGCUGACGUCAUGGAAGGAGGCUGCACAGGAACAGGCACAGGCGCGGGAACAGGUUCGGGAACAGGGUUGAGAACAGGCACGGGAGAAGGAACGGAAGCAGGAGUGCAAGCAGGCAUGGGCAAGGGUAUGGACAUGGGUAUGGGCGUGGAUUCAUGGCAGCACAUAGCCUCAGCCACAGCCCUCCGGACGGCGCUAGUGGCCGGCGCAGUCACUGUAGCGCUCUCCGUCCCAUUCUUUGGGCUUGUCAUGGCGUUCAUAGGAAGCUUCCUCUCUCUUUCCAUUUCGGUCAUGCUCCCGUGCGCGUGUUAUGUGAAGCUCAUGGGUGGGCCAUGGAGGGAAGGGGGGAGGUUGGGGUGGGGAGAGGUGGUGGGGGUGAUGGGGUUGUUCCUGAUUGGCUUGCUGGCUGCUGCUUCUGGGACGUUCUAUGCUGUGAGGGGGAUUACAGAUGAGUGGUGA